AUGGAAGCCAUACUCCGAGACUCCGUUCACCACAGCCUUCGCGAUUUCCUCCACCGCAACGCCAUUUUCCUCUGCGAGCGUCUCUGCGCCGAGUUCCCCUCCGAGACAAAUUUGCAAUUGUUAGCUGGAUGUUACUUGCAUAGUAAUCAAGCUUAUGCCGCAUACCAUAUUUUAAAGGGAACACAAGUGGCUCAAUCACGCUACUUGUUUGCUAUGUCAUGCUAUCAGAUGAAUCUUCUGAAUGAGGCAGAAGCAGCAUUAUGCCCCCCUAAUGAGCCUAGUGCAGAGGUUCCAAAUGGCGCAGCAGGUCAUUACCUUCUUGGGCUUAUUUAUAGGUAUACUGAUAGAAGGAAAAGUGCCAUCCAUCACUUUAAACAGGCUUUGACUAUAGACCCUUCAAUGUGGGCUGCAUAUGAGGAGCUGUGCGUGCUAGGUUCUGCUGAAGAAGCAGCUGUGGUUUUUGGGGAAGCUGCUGCUCUCUCCAUACAAAAACAGUACCUACAUCAUGGAUUAGCUUCUCAAAGUUUACUCACCGUCAAUGAUGAUUGCAAUUUAGUUUCUGGAAGGAACUUUAGCUUUGAAGAUGUUAGUCCAAGACAAUUGAAACUAAUGCAAGGCAGUAAUACGAGAGAUAGUUCUGGAAAUUCUCAUGUUAUUUUAGGAGGAGUUUCUGGUCAGCCUACAAACGGCAGUUCUAACAUAUCUUUCUAUAACACUCCUUCACCAAUGCCUAUGCAGUUGUCAGGUAUCGCUCCACCGCCGGUUUGUAGAAAUGUCCUGCCAAAUGGCCUAAACCUCAGCUCUGGUACUGAUAGCUCUCCUAGGUCAACUAUGAGCUCUACCAUUCAAGGUGGGAGAAGAAAGUUUGUUGAUGAAGGAAAACUUCGAAAGAUUUCUAGUAGAUUAUCUUUUGAUUCUGGCAACCGAAGGAGCAAUAGACUUGCUGCUGAAGCAGGGGCUAACACCAAUGCAAGUGCGUCCAUGGCAGCUGGAAAUGGAACUACCAAUACAUCUAAAAUUGGAAGUUCUAAGUUGGGCUCUGUAGCACGCUCCUUGACAAGUCGGAAGGGUCAGCCAUGGGCCAAUGAAAACCUUGAUGAAGGCAUACGGAAUGAGACAUUCGAUGAUUCCCGUUCAAAUACAGCAGCUAUCUCUGGUUUUACUCCCACUAGUGAUACCAGAUAUCUUGAACAAGAUGGAGCAACAUUGUCAAUUGGUGGGGGUAUUAUGCAUGCUUCAAAAGUUAUUAGUGGUGCUUCAGAAAUAUUGAGCCUUUUGAGAACUCUUGGGGAAGGUUAUAGGCUUUCAUGCAUGUACAGGUGCCAGGAUGCACUGGAUGUCUAUCUGAAACUUCCAUACAAGCAUUACAAUACAGGCUGGGUACUCUGCCAGGUUGGAAAAGCUUAUUUUGAAUUGCUAGAUUAUUUUGAAGCUGAUAGGGCCUUCAGUCUGGCUCGACAGGCAUCACCUUACAGUUUAGAAGGAAUGGAUGUAUAUUCUACAGUUCUUUAUCUUUUGAACGAAGAUAUGAAGUUAAGUUACCUGGCACAAGAGCUCAUAUCAACUGAUCGCUUAGCUCCUCAGUCUUGGUGUGCAAUGGGAAAUUGCUAUAGCUUGCAGAAAGAUCAUGAAACUGCUCUGAAGAAUUUCCAGCGAGCUGUUCAACUUAUCAAAUUCACAUAUGCGCAUACCCUUUGUGGUCAUGAAUAUGUAGCCCUGGAUGAUUUUGAGAAUGGAAUAAAGAGCUAUCAGAGUGCACUUCGGCUUGAUGCAAGGCAUUAUAACUCCUGGUUUGGGCUUGGAAUGAUUUAUUUUCGGCAAGAGAAGUUUGAGUUUGCAGAGCAUCACUUCCGGACAGCUAACCAAAUAAAUCCAUGUUCUUCUGUUAUUGCGUCUAAUCUUGGCACAGCAUUGCAUGCUUUACAGAGAAGUGAUGAAGCUUUGGCGAUAAUGGAGAAGGCUAUUAGAGCAGAUGAGAAGAAUCCUGUUCCCAUGUAUCAAAAGGCUAAUAUAUUAAUGAGCUUAGAAAAGUUUGAUGAAGCUUUAGCAGUCUUGGAGCAGCUUAAUGAAUAUUCUCCUCGUGAAAGUAGUGUGCAUGCUUUGAUGGGUAGGAUUUAUAAGCGGCGAAACAUGCAUGACAAAGCAAUGCUUCAUUUUGGCAUUGCAUUGGAUUUGAAACCAUCUACAACUGAUGUCACUGCCAUUAAGGCUGCCAUUGAGAGGUUACUUGUACCGGAUGAAAUAGAAGACAACCUGUAG